AACCUAAUCGAACCGGACUCACCACAUGCCCUAACAUAACCCCAACCCACAUGCCAAACGGGCACUAACCCUCCCGCACCUUUCAAUCUACCUUUCUUCUCUGCAACGCAAGAGCUCGACGACGAUGGCAUCAAUAUCAGCAACUGGGUUGUUCUCCCCAAAUCGACCCCUCUCAUUCCCCCCAAAAAUCUCGAAUAAAUCCCACAAAUCUCCAUCUUUCGUUUCAUUCCAAGGAGGACCCAGAUUAGUUCCUCAAAAAUGGGCAGUUAAAGCCUCAGCCAGUGGGUCUCCUCCGGGACUCUACUCGGCCAAGAUUUUCGAACUCACACCUCAGAACGUUGACAUGGUUCUUGAGGACGUUCGGCCUUACCUCAUCUCCGAUGGUGGCAACGUCGACGUCGUCUCUGUCGAAGACGGUGUCAUCUCUCUCAAACUCCAAGGAGCAUGUGGAAGCUGCCCUAGCUCAACAACUACCAUGAAAAUGGGGAUUGAACGAGUACUGAAGGAAAAAUUUGGAGAUGCAGUCAAGGAUAUUCGCCAAGUGUAUGAUGAUGACCACACAAGUGAGACAACGGUAGACGCGGUGAAUGGCCAUCUUGAUAUAUUGAGGCCAGCCAUAAAGAACUAUGGUGGGAGUGUGGAAGUAUUAUCUGUUGAGGGUGGCGAUUGCCUUGUAAAGUAUGUAGGGCCUGACUCCAUUGGAUCUGGAGUCAAAGCAGCAAUAAAGGAGAGGUUUCCAGACAUUACAAAUGUUGUGUUUACUGGUUAGGCUGCUGUCAAUCUUGGAAGCUCAGGGAAGUAGAUGACUGGAUUUUCGAAUAUUUUUCAUGAGAGGGGGAUAUAUUAAGCGCCACGAUAGAACUUCAAUUCCAAUGUCUCAGUGUAUUUUACCUUCUGUGUGUGACAAACAUGCACACGUGUGUAAAUCCUAUAUUCACAAUGUAUAGUCACUCUGUCAUCAGUGUGUUGGCUUUGUUCCUUGAUCAAUAAAAUCACUUGUUAUGCGUCAUUUCAACCA